GAAGGCUGAAGACUAUCUUCACCUCACCAUUACUGCUUUUUUUUUGGAGCAUUUUGCACGUCGGCGCAUUCAGUAGGACGGGUUGCGCGUUGACUAUUGUUCACCAUCACCACCCUCAAGCUGACCCCCAGGCUGGACCUUCAUAUACGAUGCUGCCCCAAUAACACCACCCAAAACCCGCAGUCACCUCGACCCCUCUUCCUCAAAUCCUUCUCUCGCGCACAAGUCGCAAGUAGGCUGCAGCAAACGGCGUCAUGGCUGAUCGUUCACGCCGAUCACCAGGCAAUCCCUUGCCCUCCACGUCCCAGCGCCGCGGCGGCCACCUUGAGAACUUGCUUGCGCAAUUCGGUUCGCAAAACUCUGCUGGUUCCGCUACCAAAUCGCGAAGGGCCUCUUCUCAGACAGCGCUCAAGCCAGAGGCGGCGGUUGCUCCCCGUGACGUAGAUAGCAAACGGUCACUGCGACAGCAGCAAGCACCAAACUACGUCCCUCCAAGCCCCUCUACCACCGACUCUCCUGAGCCUCUUGGGAAGAAAGUCAAAAGAAACAUUCCCACUCGCGACGCUGCACCGAGGAGCACCGGCCCCUCCAAUACAGAAAGUGGUUCUGCCGACUGGGAGACAAGUGAAGACGAGCUUGCUCUGCCGGUCCACACUCGAGGACACAAGAAAGAUUUGAGGAGCAACGACAAGUACAGCGAUCUCAAGAUGGAGACAAGGAAGAACACCAGGGCCCUCGAUAGCCCCAGGCAGCGCACUGGACGACACACCGUUGUACUCGAAUCCGACACUGUCGAGGUACAGCAGCGAGUCACGCCUCCAAGACGCAAGACCGCCCAGCCACCGAAGCUCGACACCGCACGAGCUCGUCUCCGGGACGAUAUUGCCCACAAGACGAAGGCCAAAGCGAACAACUUCCUCGUUACGAACAAAGAGUACUUUCUCCCGUUGCUCCCACCCAGCAACUACGUCACCAAGCUGGUCGCAAAUCACAAGGCCAAGCCCAUUGUCGAGUACGAAGAGCUCGAGGAGCAACCGAAGGGCGUCACCGCAACGAUGAAGCCGUAUCAGCUUUCAGGAUUGUCCUACAUGGUUUACCUGUACAACAAUGGUUUUUCGGGCAUCCUGGGUGAUGAGAUGGGUCUUGGGAAGACGCUGCAGACGUUGUCGCUAUUCCAGUAUCUCGAGGAGCUCGAUCGUAAGAACGGCACAACAUCAGAAGAACUACGUCCGUACCUGGUUGUUUGUCCGCUCAGUGUGCUGAACUCGUGGGUCACCGAGGCUCAGAAGUGGGUUCCGGAGCUCAAAGUUCUCCGCAUUCACGGCACGAAGAAUGAGCGCAACCGUCUCAAGAGGGUUGCUCUUGGCAUGGAAGACCUGCAAGGCAACGAAACCGAACAGCUCAAGGGCCGAAAAGCUUCGCGCAAGGCGGGUCUCAAAGUUUCUACGUACGAAGAUACAGGGUCGUCCUACAAGAUCAUCGUCACAACGUACGACACUUUUCAGGCUGACGCCGAUUGGUUCAAGCGAUCAUUCCUCUGGCGAUAUGUUGUGCUUGACGAAGGCCACAAGAUCAAGAGCAAUGCGACCAACAUCUCCACAGCGCUUCGGAACAUCAGCUCGGAGUACCGCAUGAUUCUCACCGGCACCCCACUGCAAAACAACCUUGUGGAGAUGUGGGCUCUAUUGGCUUGGUUGUAUCCUGAAGUCUUCACAGAGAAUACUCAGGAUCUUUUCAAGGAGUCUUUCGACUUGGCUCGCGGCAAGGUCAACAAGAAGACGAUGGAUGAUGCUCGUCAUCUACUCGAACUCGUCAUGUUGCGUCGCAUGAAAGACAGCCCCAGCGUCAACCUCGGUCUACCGCCGAAAGAAGAGGUGCUCCUCUACGUCCCGUUGACGCCGAUGCAGCGAUUUUGGUACACCCGGCUGUUGACACGUGUCGACAAAGGCAUGCUGACUGACUUGUUCGCGAAUGGAAAAGAGAAGGAGCAGGCGGCUAUCGAUCAGGACAAGCAAGAUGCUGCAUUGCUGGAGAAGAUGAAGCAACUUGAGACAAGGCCCGACACCAUCGGCGACCAGGGCGAGUGGGAAGAGACAGCGCAGAUCAUGCGUCAAGCUCUUGAGAAAGAGCAGGAGAAUAGUGCCGUCACCAACAAGUCUGCGUGGCAAAAGCUCAUGAACCUGGUCAUGCAAUUGCGCAAAUGUUGCUCUCACCCUUACCUUCUGCCUGACGUGGCUCCCGAUCCUUACUAUCUCGGUGAGCAUGUUAUCCGCGCGUCCGGCAAGUUCAUUCUACUCGAAAAACUGCUCAAACACACCAUUUUCGAGCAAGGCAAGAAGGUACUCAUCUUUUCGGGCUUCACACAUACACUGGAUUGUUGUGAAGAUCUCUUGUCACUCAUCAGCAAUUAUGGCCAGAAGUUCAGGCACCUUCGUCUGGAUGGCGGUACUGGACGCGCUCGCCGUAAUCUUGACAUUCGCCUUUUUAACCAGCCCGGAUCGGAUUACAAGGUCAUGUUACUGUCGACGAGAGCAGGUGGUUUAGGUAUCAACCUUACCAGUGCCCAGGAUGUGAUCUUCCUUGACGAAGACUGGAACCCACAGAUCACCCUGCAGGCUGAGGCGCGAGCUCACCGAAUCGGACAGACGAAGCCUGUUACGAUCUACAAGCUUUGCACGCAAGGUACUGUCGAGGAGCAAAUGAUGGGACGCAUUCGCAAGAAGCUCUACCUCUCGGCGAAGAUCACAGAGUCUAUGCGCAAUAUUCACGAUGAUCAAACGCCAACUAAAAGCAAGGCAUCUGUCACAGACGACGUACCACAUAUGGACUCUACGCAGUUAAAGACGCUCAUUCGUCGAGGAACGCAGACCCUCUCACAUCCUGAGAUUGACGUCACCGAAAUGCUCUCGUGGGACCUUCCGACCAUGAUGGCCAAGUGCCGAGAUAAGCCUGCCGAUGACUCCAACGCUCCAGACGCACAACACUCUGAAGUGGACGAAGAGAAGUGGCUCUCCGUCAUGGAGCGUGUGGAGUGUGCCGUGUUUGACGGGAAGCGCUUCCAGCGUCAGAAGGACGACAAAGGCAAUACAGCCGCUGCGAACAUCCUUCCUGAUGCCAUCACUCGCGAAGACCGACGCCGCGGUAAAAACACAACUGUCAUGGUCGACGGCUUCGCCAUCAGUAAAGAGUCUAUGAACUGUGGCGACUGGGAAGCCGUGCCCACCUUUGCCGGCAAAGAUCCGCGACUCGCUGAUCCGGUGAAGGAGAAGAAACGUGCAAUCUUACAUGAAGAGCACUGCCUUGCAUGCUUCGAAGGUGGAGAGACGGGACACCUGGUCGAGUGCAAGUCCUGCCCUCGCGCAUACCACUACGACUGCCUCACUCCUGAAUACCAGUCGAAAGUCAAAGGCUUCAGCGGCUUUUACUGUUCUCAACACAACUGCAUCGACUGCGGGAAGAACACGACAGACGCCGGUGGCCUCAUCUUCAGGUGCAGAUGGUGUCCACAAGGUUUUUGCGAAGAUUGCUUGGACUGGGACAAGGCUGCGUUGGUUGGUGAAAACCUUCCAGAGUUCGAGCUCAUGGGUGAACCCUCCCCGAGUGGCGGUUUCUACAUCAAGUGCCCUGACUGCGUUGAUGCCUGCGAGAAGAGCAAAAAACAGAAGAUCUGGAUUCAGAACACUGAGGCAGACUACAAGGACCAGCACGAUGCAUGGCUGAAGGAGCGCAAGGAGGCUGAGCAGCAGCUCGAGCAGAGUGUAGCUGUCGUUCUCAACGAAGCAAACGCACCUCCCGCUGCUGUCAUGAACGACGUCAACACGUUGCAGAACGGUCAGCUUCCCGUUCUUGAGCCACCAGAGCAGCGUGAGGAGCACGUCAUCCUCCUCGACAACGAGAUUGACUUCCCUUCUCCACCUGCGCUCACCGAUACUUCGCUUGCCACCCCUGCGUUAGGCAGCUCUCGAGUCAGCACGCCCAAGCUCGUGGAACCACAACAGCAGAAGAAGAUUCCCGCGAAGGCAAAGAGGUAUGCGUCUGGUGAUGGCUUCAACGAGACACGGUACGAGAAGAAGGCAAGGAUCGAUGCACAGGCUUGGAGCAUUAACGAUGAUCCACUACUGAGUGGUUUGAGUGGUAGCCCUUAA